CGGUGCGCUCGCCUUGUACGAUGAAAAAAAGGCUCCCGAGUCCCACCGGACACCAGUGGAUCGUCUUCGGACACAGUGUGGAGCAGCAGCCAGGAUGAUCCCAGUGGGUGAAUUCAGAAACCUCGGCACAGAGCAGAACUCAAAGUUUCGGGUCCUGAAACCGUGGUGGGAUGUUUUCUCAGAGUACCUUUGCAUUGCUAUGCUUAUGAUUGGAGUCUUUGGGUGCACCUUGCAGCUCACCCAGGACAAGAUUGCAUGCCUGCCCAGCCACUUCACCAGCCCGACACCUGAGGCAAUCGACUGCAGCCACAUCCGGUCCUACAGGGAAAAUGAAACGUCACAGCAGACACUGGUCAAGCCUGUGAACCCCAUCAUCCAGGAGGUGAUCGGUCGCAAGAACAACCUGGACAUCCACCAAUAUGUGUUUGUCAACCACUAUUGCUACGAAAGGUUUGUCCACUGGUAUGCAAAGUUCUUCCCAUACCUCGUUGUGAUCCACACAAUGGUCUUCAUGGUAGCAAGCAGCUUCUGGUUCAAGUUCCCAGGGACGUCUUCUAAAAUUGAACUCUUUGUUACAAUCCUUGGGAAGUGCUUUGAUUCGCCCUGGACCACGAGGGCUCUGAGUGAGGUUUCGGAGGAAAGAGGAGAGGAGAAACUAGUUAGUUGGAGGAGGAACACCAUGUCAAAAGACCCUGCAGAUCGACAAGCAGAUGAGGGCGAGACGACAGUGCUCCUUCGCUCCUCCUCUGUCAAGUCUAAUCCAGAGAAGAAGAUACCAGAGCCUCAAUCAACCGCCUCCGUCUUGGAUAAAAAGGAAGGCGAGCAGGCCAAAGCUUUGUUUGAAAAGGUGAAGAAGUUUAGAACUCACGUAGAGGAGGCGGACCUCUUGUAUCUAAUGUAUGUGCUCCAAACAUCGCUGAAAGUCUUCAAGUUCCUUUUAGUCAUCAUCUACAGUGCAGUUCUGGUACCGAACAUUGAGAUAGUUGUGCGCUGCUAUGUUCCCCCUGAGCUGACCGGUUUUGACAUCUAUUGCUGCAACCACAACAAAGCCAAUAUUUUCUCCAAGCUCGCCUACUGUUACAUCUGCUUUGUGGGAGUGUAUGGACUUCUGUGCGUCUACACCCUCUACUGGCUGUUUCAUAGGCCUCUGAAGGCGUACUCCUUCGAGCAGGUCAGACUGGAGACGGGUAUCAACGACAUACCAGAUGUGAACAAUGACUUUGCCUUCCUGUUGCACCUUGUAGAUCGAUACGAUGCCCUUUACUCCAAAAGAUUUGCUGUGUUUCUCUCUGAGGUCAGUGAGAGUCGUCUCCAUCAGGUCAACCUCAACUAUGAGUGGACCACCAAAAAGCUGCGCACCCGUCUUGCCAAGAACACCAGUAAUCGCUUGGAGCUCCACCUCUUAAUGUUGCCGGGGCUCCCUGACACAGUCUUUGAGAUUCCUGAAGUGCAAUCUCUCAAACUGGAACAGGUCAAAAAUGUCACCAUCCCGGCUAGUGUGGCAAAGCUUGAAUCCCUUCAGGAGUUAUCGCUGAUCUACUGCCCAGCAAAGCUCCAGCUGCCAGCCCUGAACCACCUUAAGGCAUAUUUAAAAGUGCUGCAUGUGUCUUUUGAAAGUUCAGAGGAGGUGCCCAUGUGGAUGUACACCCUACAUGGCCUGGAGGAGUUACAUCUGGAUGGUCUUAUAACCAACGACUUGUCUAAAAGCGUCACUCUGGAAUCCCUCAGAGAGCUUCGAGCUCUGAGAGUCCUCACUCUCCACUCAAACCUCACUAAGAUCCCGCCCAGUUUAGUGGACGUUGCACUGCAGCUUCAGCGGCUGAGCAUCUGUAACGAAGGCGUCAAGCUCCAAGCUUUUAGCAGCCUGAAGAAGUUAACCAACAUAGUCUCGCUGGAGUUGGUGGGCUGCGAGCUGGAGCGCAUCCCGAGCGCCGUCUUCAGCCUGAACAAUCUGCAGGAGCUGGACCUGAAGGAGAACAAACUCACCACUGUGGAGGAGAUUCUGAGCUUACAGCACUGCCGCCGUUUAGUGACUCUCCGACUGUGGCACAACAAAAUCACGUACAUCCCUGAUCACAUCAGUAAGCUGCACUCCCUCGAGACGCUGGACGUCAGCUGGAACAAGCUACGAAAGCUUCCCUCUCGGAUGUUUUAUUGCACCAAACUCAGACAUCUCGAUGUCUCUCACAACCAGCUCACCUCUGUUCCUGCUGAGGUGGGCAUCCUGCAGGGUCUCCAGUUCUUCUCUGCUGCAUUCAACUCCUUAGAGACGCUGCCAGAGGAGCUGUUCUCCUGUAAGAGGCUAAAGACUUUAGCUCUCGGAAACAACUGCUUGCCUACUCUUAGCUCCAGAGUGGCCAACCUGACCCAGCUGGUCAGGCUGGAGAUUAAAGGGAACCGUCUAGAGUCUCUACCGCUGGAGAUAUGGGACUGUCCCCUGCUGACUGUCAGUGGACUCAUAGUAGAAGACAACCUGCUGGAACUGCUGCCAUCAGAUGUACGAAGCAGGCUGACUAACACCUGAGUUUGUAGAGCUGAGGGCUGUCAUGGACUAAUCUUUUGUAGGUGUAGCAUGGCGGUCACUGGUGGCAGGGCUGCCGACGGGAGGGAACACCAAAUCAGAUGUCCCCUGCCCUCAGUCAUCAGAGGGCCCGAAAAAGACCUUGAAAUAAUCUCUAACCAUUAAAAUAAUCUGCUAGGGGGACUCUAGUGAUCAUCUUGCCCUGGGCAGGAACAGAGGUAUCGCUGGCCCUGGUCGCUGGGCUGAUUUGCAUGGAAGAAAUUUAGUAUUAACAGACGAUUCACCCAUGCUGCUGGGUGGGAAUAUUUAUAUAAAAAGGGGCUAAUAGAGAAACCACAACUGACAGCAAAAGGAUGAACAAAGUCUAGAAACGUAUUUAUAACACGUUAAAUGUUUGUUCAAAUCAGUGAGAAUGAGAGACGAAUCCACUUGGACGUGUUUUGGACAAUGUUUUUUAUGUAUUUUCUUAAAUAAUUUUUUAAAUAAACAUUUUCCAAAGUUUAUAGUAGUCCUAGAAAUACCUUAGUGCAUUUUUUUUUUAAAAAAAGGAUUGAUUUUUAUGUAGAUGGUAUCAUUGGUGUCGACAACACUAAGUUAAAGAUUUGAAGAAAUAUUGUCAAGUCAGGGUCCUAUCACUGUUCCGCAGGUUGAAAUAGUUGUAAACCUCUCAGUUUUGUUUACUGACUGUGGAUUCUUCUGAGGAAGACAGAAGUCAAGGGAUUUUCUAACCUCACUGUAUCCGGUUAGACAGGUUUUGACAUCAUGAAGAAGUGUUUCCCACAGUGUGGUGGCUCAUGUUGCUCCCUUUUCAGACACUAAACAAGUAGAGGGAGAGGAAACCUUUCAGCAGCAGAAUAAAAGGUAUUCAUCUGUUUAUGUAGUCAAAGCUGAAAUCGUACAGGGGGUUAUCAGCCAGAUAGAAGUCAAAGCAGCCUGAUAUGCGGUGAGCAUAACAUGAAACAAUGAUUAAUCAUUUACAGAGAGAAGGAAGAUACAACUAUUGUUCAUCAAAAUGCAUCCCGGAUGAGUAAUAUAUUGAUUGUACUAAUGUCUGUGUGUACAUUCAUACAUUAUUUCAGCACAUCAUGUGUGAAGUAAUGACUACUCUGGAAUUUAAAUCUUGAUUCUCCAUUUA